CGAGCCCUGUCGGUCCACACAUACUCUUGUGUCAUACAAGCAAAUCCACACAUAAAGUGUCCACACCACUUUUCUCGACUCAUUUUCAACCACAUAAAUGAGUGCGGCGUUACGAUUUAAACAAUCUAUCGUAAAACAACUGUCACAACUAACGCCAUGCAGCGAGACGGAACUUCUCCCACUGAUUCGUGUACCUAAAAAGCUCCAGGACGGUCAAUUCAGCCUUUCACUUGCACAACUCAAGGCGUCAAUACGCAACACUUGCAGUAAUGCUUCGACGCUAAAGCAAGAUCCAAGUGCAUGGUCUCAAGAAAUUGCUCAAAAUUUCAAAACAAAUACGUACAUCCAAAGUGCUACGGCUCAAGAUCAUAAUCUCCUGUUCAAAGUCGCACCAACCGAAUUUUUGAAACAAGUAUUACAGCAAGUUCACGAUGACAAGGAUCGAUACGGAUGGGCUCAUGUGGAACAUAUACCUGAAAAGACCCAGCAACCGACGGUUGUCAUUGAUUACAGUUCACCCAAUAUUGCCAAACCAUUUCAUGCGGGACAUCUUCGAAGUACCAUCCAUGGCAACUUUGUAAAGCGGAUACACCAAGUCAUGGGAUAUAAAGUCGUUGGAAUCAAUUACUUGGGCGAUUGGGGGAAACAGUAUGGUCUGUUGGCGAUCGGCUACGAGCAGUAUGGUGACCGUAAGAAACUGGAAAAGGAUCCAAUCCAUCACUUGUACGAUGUCUAUGUAAAGAUAAAUCAAGAAGCCAAAGUCAAUCCAGAAAUCGAUAAACAGGCCAAUGCAUACUUUAAGCGAAUGGAACAAGGCGAUUCAGAUGCUUUGAAACAGUGGCGCCUUUUCCGUGAGCUGAGUAUUGAAUCCUACGCUGACAUUUAUAAGCGUCUGGGUAUAUCCUUUGAAGUCUAUUCCGGAGAAUCGCAGGUCGAGGAAUACAUUCCCAAGGUGCAUGCCCAACUGCAAGAAAGCGGUCUUCUUACCCAAACGGCCGACGGCGCAUAUGCAAUCAAUCUCGAGCAAUACAAUUUGGACAAUGCGGUUGUUCAACGUGGGGACGGCACCAGUUUGUAUCUGACGCGCGAUCUCGCCACGCUAAUGAUGCGUAUGCAAGUGUAUGGAUUUGAUAAGGCCAUCUAUGUGGUUGGUGCCGAGCAAGAAGGUCAUUUCAAGCAAGUGUUCAAAACUGCAGAGCUGUUGUUUGGAUCAGAACUAUCCGGACGAUUACAGCAUGUCAGUUUUGGACGGAUCAAUGGCAUGUCAACGCGUCAAGGUACUGCGGUUUUUUUACAAGACAUUCUGGACGUUAGCAAAGAUAAGAUAUUAGAGUACAUGCAUACAGACAAGGCACAAUAUCAGGAUAUUCAAAAGCAAGGUACUGAGCUGAUCCGAACGAUUGCGGACCAGCUUGGCGUUUCAGCUAUCCUGAUCCAGGACAUGAAAUCAAAACGUGCCAAGAAUUACACGUUCUCAUGGGAUCGGAUGACAGAUUCACGCGGCGAUACAGGUGUCUUUCUUCAAUACGCUCAUGCACGAGCUUGCGGAAUCGAGCGUAAUGCAAAUACCCCGGUGACUAUCGACUGUAAUUACACGCUAUUGAAAGAGCGAGAGGCGCUUGAGCUGGCCCAACAAAUCUCGCUUUUCCCUGAACUUGUAGAGGUGUCGUUUAAAGCACUCGAACCUUGUACUAUAGUGAAUUAUUUAUUCAAGCUUUCGCAUGGCAUCAGCUCAGCGAGCAGCGCAUUAAGAGUGAAAGAUAUGGAUCCUGAAUUAGCCAGAUCUCGGAUGCUACUCUUUUGGGCUGCUAGAACCACGUUAAGUAACGGUUUGUCGCUGCUUGGCAUUAGACCUUUAGAGCAAAUGUAAAUAAAACAAUGCAUAUAAACACAUCACAGGCAACCCUCUUUUGUUGUCUCUGCAAAGCACAUGACCGCUCUAAAG